AGUCCCACGUGUAGCGGAGAAACAGUAGAUAGGGUGGCUGAAGGGGAUACCCACCGGCUGAAGGCCGACUGUGAUUCCCCCUACCCCCACAAGGCGAUUUUGACCCCCUGAGGGCUGCUCUGGAGGACUCAGGCCCCGAAGCUGUCCCAGGGAGGUCCCCGCUGCAUCCCACCACCCAAGCUGUGCCUCAUGGAGUCGAUGUUUAGCAGCCCUGCCGAGGCGGCGCUGCAGCGAGAGGCCGGGGUGCCAGGACUGCUCACUCCUCUUCCGGACCUGGACGGAGUGUACGAGCUGGAGCGAGUCGCUGGAUUUGUCCGCGACCUGGGGUGUGAACGAGUUGCCUUGCAGUUCCCUGACCAGCUAUUGGGAGAUGCUGUGGCUGUGGCUGCACGACUGGAGGAGACGACAGGGUCAAAGAUGUUCAUUCUAGGUGACACAGCCUACGGCAGGUGUGAACUUGGCCUUAGGUGGGCCAGGCCUGGGGAUCCGGGACUCAUGGGGUUUUACGUCUAUGACAGUGAUUGCCUUCAAUGGUGGUGUUUCUCCUUGAUGAUAAUGUGAUGACAGCAACUCGCCUCCAGAAGAGAACCCAUUUCUCUGAUGCUAUCUUCCCUGCAGCUGCUGCGUGGAUGUGCUGGGUGCUGAGCAAGCUGGAGCUCAGGCUCUCAUACAUUUUGGCCCUGCCUGCUUAAGCCCUCCAGCCCGCCCACUGCCCGUUGCCUUCGUGCUUCGUCAACGUUCUGUGGCCUUGGAGCUCUGUGUCAAGGCCUUUGAGGCCCAGAACCCAGACCCCAAAGCGCCUGUGGUGCUGCUGAGUGAGCCGGCCUGUGCCCAUGCCCUGGAGGCUUUGGCUACUCUCCUGCGCCCGCGGUACCUGGACCUGCUAGUCUCCAGCCCAGCUUUUCCCCUACCAGUGGGUUCCCUGAGUCCAGAGCCUAUGCCCCUAGAGCGUUUUGGGCGCCGCUUCCCCCUUGCCCCAGGGAGGCGUCUAGAAGAGUAUGGUGCCUUCUAUGUAGGGGGCUCUAAGGCCAGCCCUGACCCGGACCUUGACCCAGACCUGAGUCGGCUGCUCUUGGGGUGGGCACCAGGUCAACCCUUCUCCUCCUGCUGUCCAGAUACAGGGAAGACUCAGGAUGAGGGUGCCCGGGCUGGACGGCUAAGGGCACGAAGACGAUAUCUGGUAGAGAGGGCCAGAGAUGCCCGCGUGGUAGGGCUGCUGGCAGGCACACUGGGUGUAGCCCAACACCGUGAGGCACUGGCCCACUUGCGGAACCUGACUCAGGCUGCUGGCAAGCGUAGCUAUGUGUUGGCCCUGGGGCGGCCCACCCCUGCCAAGCUUGCCAACUUCCCUGAGGUGGAUGUCUUUGUGCUAUUAGCCUGUCCUCUGGGUGCUCUAGCCCCCCAGCUUUCUGGUAGCUUCUUCCAGCCUAUACUAGCACCAUGUGAGCUGGAAGCUGCCUGCAACCCUGCCUGGCCACCUCCAGGCCUGGCUCCCCACCUCACACAUUAUGCGGACUUAUUGCCUGGCUCUCCCUUCCACGUGCCUCUCCCACCACCUGAGUCAGAGCUGUGGGAAACCCCAGACGUGUCACUCAUUACUGGAGAUCUCCGACCCCCACCUGCCUGGAAGUCAUCAAAUGAUCAUGGAAGCUUGGCUCUGACCCCACGGCCCCAGCUGGAGCUGGCUGAGAACAGUCCUGCAGCCUCAUUCCUUAGUUCCCGGAGCUGGCAAGGGCUGGAGCCCCGCCUGGGUCAGACGCCAGUGACAGAAGCUGUGAGUGGAAGACGAGGGAUUGCCAUCGCCUAUGAGGAUGAGGGAAGCGGCUGAUACCAUGUGGGGCUGGAGACAUAGAUGGACUUAUGAAUGGCUGCUAGGACCUUUAGUGCUCCCUGCACCAACCUCCCAUCCCCCUGCCAAGAUCCUUGAAGGACCCUGGAAGGAGGGAGAGCAGGCAGCCCUUCACAGGAUAGGAUCCAUCUCUGUCCUGUCCUGGCACUGGCACAAGCUCAGCACAUGCCCAGUAAUGCGUGUUGUUUGGCUGAUGGAAUAAAGGGCUUAGGGACUUCCCUGAGGCCUCUGGACCCAUCUGUCUUCCUGAGGGCAGCCCAGGACCUUUGGCCAAUCCCAGUUCCCAGUCUGCAGUUGAGGGUCUGUCCUUGUCAAAAGGCAGGUGCUAGACAGUCUAGACCAGGGUUUCUCAAACUCAUACUUGACAUUUGGGGCCAGAUAAUUCUUUGUUGUGGGGCCUGUCUGGUGUAUGGUAGGGUGCUUAGCAGCAUCCCUGGCCUCUGCCCACUAGACAUCAGAAGCACUCCCCCAGUUGUGACAACCAAAAAUAUCUCCAGACCUUGGCAAAUGUUAUCUGUGGGGGAAAAUUGCCCUCAAUUGAGAACCACUGGUCUAGCUAGACCUGCACUGUCCAGUACAGUAGCCACUAAAUACAUGUGGCUAAACUUAAAUUUACGUUAAUUAAGAUUAAAAGCUCAGUUUCUCAGUCACAUUAGUCAUUCAAGUGUUCAGACAGCCACAUGAGGGGACGGUGCAGCUACAGGAUAUGCCAUCAAGGCAGAAAGUUCUGUUUGUUGGACAGCGUUGGUCUAUACUGACUCUUAUUUCUCAAGGAGAUCACAGCAACCUAAAUAAACCAGAUACCUUUUC